UGGGCGGAGCCGGCCGGGAUGAGUGGCGGAGGGACGGAGACCCCCGUGGGUUGUGAGGCCGCCCCGGGUGGCGGCGUCAAGAAGAAGGACUCCUUGGGGACGGCGGGCUCCCCAGCGCACCUCAUUAUCAAGGAUCUUGGAGAAAUUCAUUCAAGGCUUUUAGAUCACAGACCAGUUAUUCAAGGUGAAACCCGUUAUUUUGUGAAAGAAUUUGAAGAAAAGCGUGGCCUUCGGGAAAUGAGAGUUCUCAAAAAUUUGAAGAAUAUGAUCCAUGAAACAAACAAACAUACUCUUCCCAAAUGUAGAGAGGCAAUGCAGGACAACUUAAACGAGGUUCUCCAGAGAUUGCAAGCAGCUAAUCACUCAGUCUGUAGACUCCAACAGAAGGAACAGGAACAAAAAAAGCUUUAUAGUGACCAUUUACUAGCUAGUGAAAACCAGCACAUAACCCAGUGGGAAGAUUUCAUGAGAGAACAGCAUAGCAAGCGGGCUGAAGUGGACGAAGAGCACAGAAAAGCCAUGGAGAGGCUUAAAGAACAAUAUGCUGAGAUGGAGAAGGACCUAGCGAAAUUUUCCACCUUUUAACAGCUUGAACCUCAGCAAUAACAAACUAGUGAGAAAACAUUGACUUUCCCCCCAAAAUACUCCCACCGAACCAGUUAGCAUCUGUUCAAGCUUAGCAAUAUAUUCAGUGGCACUCUUAACAUCAGAAGAAAGAGACAUCUGCUGGAGUCCCGAUUAAAGGUUGUGCAGAAGAAGAGUGCUGUAUCGUGUCCGUUUCAAGUGCCUACCUAUGAUUAUUUGAAUGGGCAGUAAGAGGAGGAAAAAUGGGAUACAGUUACUCUUUCUUAAUCAGAAUUGUUUGUUCUUCUUUUCCAUUGAUUAUGUCAGAGAAUUGUAAGUAUAGAUUUCUUAGACAUUAAAAUAAUUUGAUUCUUAUACAGGAUUAAGGAGCUCUGGUGGCACAAUGGUUGAAGCACUCAGCUGCUAACCGAAAGGUCAGAGAUUCGAACCUACCAGCUGCUCCUUGGAAAAAAGAUAUGGCAGUCUGCUUCCGUAAAGAUUUACAACCUUGGGAACACUGUAGGGCAGUUCUGCUCUGUCCUAUAGGGUCGCUAUUAGUUGGAAUCAACUUGACAGCAAUGGGUUGGCGUUAUACAGCAUUAAUAUUAGUUUAUUAUUGUGGCUUAAAAGGUUAAAAGGCAAUUUAAUAGAUGCCUGCCAUAGCUUCCAGGCUAUAGGAAAAUGUAUAAAGUUUUAUUCCAUGAAUAAUGUAGACAAAAACAACUGUCCUUGGAGCAGAGAUUAUAUCUAAGGGAAGUGAGAGUCAAAACAUUGUCUCAACCAUGGCAAGGUGGCCAUGUUGGUCUAAUGUGUGUGUGUGUGUGUGUGUGUGUGUGUGUAUACAUAUAUAUAUGUAUAUAUAUGUUUCAACUGUUUAAUGAGUAAUCAGCAAAGUCUGCCAAGGGUCCCUCUGGAACCAUAUAAAGAUUUUGGCUCUGAAUGAACCAGAAGUGUUUGCCUACAUGGCAAAUGAUCCAUGUUAAAUGUAAAUCCUUUUUAAUGUUAACGUCUGUUCUCAUAAGCAGUGUAUUAUGGUGAAAUGUACCAAUUCUGUCAUCACUGUGAUCUUUAAAAAUCUACGUUUAGCAAUCUAGUUGAAGAACUAAGUUUUUUUUGUUUUUUUGCCACAAACUAAGCAAAAUUAAAUGCAAUAAUUUCAGGAGAUUUAUGGCAAAUGAUUUUGAGGUAUGGAUAAAUCUUUCAAAUAUUUUUUAUUGUUCUGUAGUAAAGAAAGAGGAAGGAAGAAAGUUUCCAACUUUCUUGUGUUAUCUCAGUGUUGAGACUGCAGAAAAUUGACAAUGCUUGCCUGUGUAAAUGUAUGGCUUACUGUCAAAGCUUCAUUCUUGGCUGCACAUUGAAAAUGUGAUUAAAGUUCAUAGAGGAGAUGAAAUAAGUAUUUGCGAUUUCUUUCAGUAACACUGAACUUCUGCCAACUUUCUCUGUCUGCUGCUGUAGGCUUGACAGGUUCAUCAAUCAUCCUCUGGUACCUGGACUGAAAAAGAGCACUUGGUGACACCAAGACAUGUUGGAAUUCUCUUAAUUCUCUUUCAGUGGGUGGAAAAAAAAAUAAUAACUUCCAAAAAUAUCCCACACAUGAAAAGGGAGGGGGACCAUAAAUGAAAAUUCCCUUUGUAUCUUAGGCAGUUUUUGGAAUGCUAUUAAUUGCCAGUGCACCACUGAACACACGUGAUAGCCAAGAAAUCAAGACUAUGCUGGAGCAGGAAUAUGCUCUUAAUUGGCACUACCCAACUUGGCCAGAAAUAUUUCUCAUAGUUUUUGUUCAUCUCAUAUAAAUAAUAAAUACUUUACCUUAUAGGUUUGCAUAUAUUAUAUAAGUAAGGGACUUCCUAAACCUAAUUAAAUUGAUGGGACUUUUUGAGCUUUAAAGAUUAAGAAACUAAAUUCUUUCUUUGUAACUUGGUUAGUUAUUCAGUAUAGCUUCUAAAAUAGUCAAUCUUCCUUUUAAUUUUUUCUUUUUUUUUUUUU